AUGGAUCCCGAGCUGGAGGCGCUGGCGCCGGGGCCCGCGAGCCCGGCCGAGCCGCCCUUCCGGGCGCUGGUGGAGGCGGCGGGGGGCCGCGGGCAGGUGCUGCUGGUGGGCGAGCUGUGGGAGCGCGAGCAGAGCCGCGCGCUGCUGCGAGACUUCGCCCGCGCCGUGUUUCCGUGCGAGCCGAAGCCCGAGCACCGGGACCCGGACCCGGAGCCGGAGCCGGAGCCGGAGCCGGCCGCGGCCGGGGCGCGGAGCUCGGCGGCGGCGGGGGCGGCGCGCGCCAUCCGCUCCGCGCUCGUGUUCGUGCUGUGCCGCGCCUCGUCGCUGGCCGCCCGGGAGCCGCGGCGCCGCCUGCGGGAGAUGCUGCGGGACGUGCGCGGCCGGCGGAGGGCCGGCGCGGCGCUGGUCGGGGUGCUGGUGAGCGAGGCGGCGGGGCCCGAGGACGCGGCGACGACGCCGGGGCUGCGGCGGCUCGACGCGCUGCUGCGAGCCGUGUUCGGCCGCCAGGUAGGAGGCCCCGUGCAGGCGGCCGCCUACUGCCCCGGUCAGCCGGCUUCCAGCCUGGACGUCCAGGCGGCGGCCUGCAGGGCCCUGCAAGCUUCGGGGCCCGGAUCAGCAGAAGAUGCCUGGGAGAGACCGGGCCUCCCCGGACUGCUGGCCUGCUUUUCCUGGGGUCAUUGGAGCCAAAGGAAAGACCGAGAUGUCACCUCUUCCCGAGGGCCUGUUCAAAAGCAAUUCCAGGACUUGGAGGAGGAGCUGGCACUGACCGCCGUAUUUCCCAACGGAGACUGUGAUGACCAUCGAUGUGGGUCCGGAGCCCAAGAUGGAGCCAUCUGCAAGCCCCCUGAGCCUACAGAGGACACAAGAUAAAGUCUGGACCCUUGGGCUGUCCGUGGAUGGACCUGACUUGCACACUGGGGCGUGGCCCUUCUCACUGAACCCCCAUGUUAUCAUGUUGGCCUCUGUAGAUACUGAUUGUAAAGACCCCACCUGCCUGGUGACUGUCACAUUCACUGUUGCCAGCUAGGCAAGAGGUCCUAGGAGAAGUUGUCCCCUGGAACCUGCUCCCUACGUAUGCUUGCUCACUCUGUGAUCAUAGUGGGGUUAUCUGACUCUCUGGACAUUGGUUUCUCUAAGCCGGUGGGGGGCCAGAUGCCUAUGUACUAUGUGCCUCUGCAGAGCUGCUGUGGCUUCGACAUGUACCAUGCUCCGGGCACAUGCAUGAGAAUGCAGCCCUAAACAUGUCACUCAGUCUUUGAGACUUCUGUUUCCCAAGUGAUCAAGGGGGCUUCCAGCCCAGUGGAUUUCAACCAGAGGCCAGGCUGCCCCUCCAGGCAACAUUGGGAAUGUGUGUAUAUAGUGCCUGUGUGGUGGGGGAGGAGGAUUACCAUGACUGUGGGGUGCCCCUAGCAUUUAAUAGUCAUCCCUACUAAUGUGCAAAACAGUCCAACAGUGAGGAAUUGGUUCUGUCAAAAUAUGAAUGGUGAUGCUUUUGAGAAAAUGGAAGGAUCAAUCCCUUCUUUCUGUCAUUCCAAGUGUCUCCCUCAAGCUUCUUGGGAUCUUGGCUCCUAGAACAAGCCAAAAUAAAGACGUCACUGUUGCUUGCGGGGGGAGGGGGUCUGUUGGGCCAGACCCAAGACAAUCUGUGUGUUGUGGGGCCAGGACCGAAACAGUUUUGCAUGCCUAUGAGAAGAAAAGCCCUCUCUCUUAUGUUGA